AUGUAUAACGGCUACACCAACUCGUCCGGCUCUGGCACCCCUUUCAUCCCCCCACUCCCCUCCCCAGAGAGCACUGUGAACCCACAUCCGCCCGCGAUCCCGUCCCCAGCGGCGAACGAGACCGCGCCCGCUUGGGCACAGCAGCCAGCUACGUCGACCCAGUACCCAUACUACCCCCAGACGCCGUACACCAGCACACCCUUCAUCCCACCCGGCCCGCCCCCCGCGCCGAGCGUGCACGCCACGCCCGCGGGGCGCAUGCAGCACCCCCCGGGUUCGUACUUCCCCCCACCAUCGUCCCUCCCGCCCGUGAACCCCGCGGCCAACCCACCGGGCGGGUUCAGUCACGAUUACACCGGAUAUCCGAAUCUGCAGGGCACACCGUGGGCGCCGCCCGCGGCUGCUCCGCCUCCUCAAGCGGCGCCACCGCCGAUGCAUGCACACGGGCACGCACCACAUUCUGCACACGGUCCGCCCCCGCCGACGCCGUGGCAUGCGCCUGCGACGGCGUACAACCCGUUUCAGCAGCCGCUGCCUGGUGGGUAUGGGCAAAACCCCGCUGCAGCGGCAGCGGCGGCAGCGUGGGGCAUGCCCCCGGGUAUGCCUCCGGGGAUGCCCCCUGGGAUGCCUCCUAUGGGGGGUAUGCCGCCCAUGGGCUACGGUAUGCCGCCGCAUAUGACACCUGCGGCAGCUGCAGCUACGCCGUGGUGGGCGAACCCGUACGCGGCGCAGAUGGCGGCGGCUGCUGCUCCGCCGCCACAGGCGCCUCAGCCUCCGCCCGCCGACCCUGGUGUCGCGGGCAUGCGCCACGACUUUGACGGCGCGAAGGAUAUGAUGUUUGCAGAGGGCGAACACUACGGCCCCGUCCUGGAGCCCUUCCUCUCGCGCGUCGUGAGCGCCACGAUCACGAUCAACCCGCUCAUCUCGUGCCUCUCGAGCGCAGAGGGCGACGACUACCUCAAGUGGGUCAUGACGUUCCACUCCAACACCUGCUUCCGCACGAUCGACCCACGGCGCUCGUGGAUGAAGGGCCGCAACGAGCCGGCGACGCACCCGCGCCUCACGCACUUCACCCUCAUCUCGCGCGCGUUCCCCUGGAUGGUCGUCAUCCAGGCGCGCAACCGGCACGUCGGCGUCACGUGCGGCGACGUGCUCGACGGGAUCUCGGCGGUCAUGUACGAGAGCGUGGGCAAGGGCGACUACGAGGGCCUCUCGCGCGCGAAGCAGCGCGCGGUGUUCGAGGCGUACGAGCACAACCGCUCGCGCGCGCCGAAUGUGCCCGGGGGCGCGCUCGGCGACGGGCUCCGGAAGCUGGACUGGCUGUGUCGGGAUACGAACUUUGGCGGGAUACAGCAGAACGACGAUUUUCUGCGGGAGAUCGCGGGCGAGAUUCUGCCGUGUAUAUUUGAGCUCAAGUGCUUGAGGGCGUAUCCCGAGACGGCGGAGGAGGCGAGGGAGCGCAAGGCACGGGAGGAGGCGGCGGACCGCAAUCAGCACAGGGCGAAGGUGCGGGUGGCGACGCCGCAUGCGCCCAGCGUGCGCUCCGUGCACUCGUCCCGGAGCUCUGCGGGGCGGUCGUCCAGGGCGGGCUCGGCCCGCGGAGCGUCGCCGCCGCCGGACACGGAUUCGGAUUCGGACUCCGAGACCGAUUGA